ACGCAAAGGCUAGGAGAAUAUGCUGGCUAGUUUGGGACAAAGAACUGCAGCUGUAGCUUCUGUGGUGGCGGUGUGUGUGAUAUGCCUUGCGUGCGGGCAGGGGACGACAGGCGCACUGCUGCCAACGGAGCAGCUCGAAGCAGCCUUUGCCGGCGAUGGCUUUGCCAUUGUGGGACGGAAGGAGUAUGGGGGGUAUCGCGGGCUGAUGGGCGAGUCAAAGGAAGCUACUAUUUUUCGGACGGGCAAGGGCAAGCCGAUGCUGUAUGUAGAGGGCAACGCGACGUCGUACGGUUGGCUCACGGGCUAUCUCGCAAGAGAGAGUGUCGAGGCCAUGGUCGGUCCGUUUCUGGAGCGCCUCCCGCUCGAGUUGGUGGCCAAGGACUAUGUCAUGAAGCACUGGAAUGAGAGCCUGUUUGUCGAGCUGGAAAAGGUUGUCGAUCACUUGCUCGGCUCGGUCUCGGUCAAGCUCUUUGACGACGCCAUCGCCGCCGGCAUCAUUCCUCGUUCUCGGCUGGAAGAGAUGGAGGGAGUGGUGGCGGGAGCGAGUGUUGCCGCCGCCGAGCGCGGGACGACGUCUCAAGUCAGCCUUGAGAAGCUCAUUGCCAUCAACUUUGGCUUUGAUGUCAUCACCGCUCGAGUGUUCUCGGGUCAUUUUCUGGGCUCUGCCCUUCAGGAGCUCGCGCGCAAGCUGGGCCUCGUUCAGCUCUCCGACGACCGGUUUUACGAACGGCUGGAUGCGGUAGGCGGGAGCACCAGCUCUCUUUUUGUCCCGCCAGCAUUCUGCGAUGCCAUCGGGGUCCGCGGCCCGUGGACGGCGAGCACCGGAGAGGCGUACUUUGGACGGUCAUACCAGAUGGUGACGGGCAACACGCUGCAGGAUGUGAUCACGCUUGUUGUGUACGCGCCAGACGACGGUGGAGCGACCAAACCACUUGUCUCGGCGACAGCGCCGGGCAUGGUCGGCUGUCUCGCCGGAAUGAACGGCGACGGGGUGGCGAUGGGGGUGGACACGAUCCGGGCGCCCAAUGCCAACCCCAAGCAGCCCGGGCUCAACUCGCUGCUGCUUCUUCGGUCGACGCUCGAGGUUGCUGGCGAUCUGGAUGAGUUGGUGUCGUACGUGGUGGACGCGCGUCGCGGUGCACCGUUCCUCUACCCAGCGUGUGACGGGAGCGGCGACUGCGCGGUGCUCGAGGCUGGGGCUUGGCUCCCGGACGGUACGCCCGAAGAUCCGCUCCAGUAUGUGGAGCGCAAGCUGCAAAAGGCUGGCCUUGUUCCAGACGCCGCGUUUUGACGGCGCAUCCAACGCCGCCAGGCGUCUUUCGCAACGGGCUCUACGCCCGGUUCAUGAACUACACCGAUGCCGACUCGCCGUACCUGGCGUUCAACAAGGACCUUUUCGCCGCCGCUGGCUACCCGUACUCGGCAGAGGGCUUUGAGCUCGGGCACUUUCUCUUUCCCAACUUUACGGCCGACCUCGCGGCGCAGCCGAUUCUGCGCAACAAUCUGUUCUUCCCGCAGAAAGAGCAGGAUCCGGACCUUGUGCUCCUCACCAACUUUGCCGUGGUGCCCGCGGACCGGCUGACGAUGAUGUCGUACUGGGACAACGUGUUUGCGGCGACGGGCGAAGCCAUCUUUUGGCGGUACGACAAGCUCCUCGAGCUGCUCUACGCCAAGCGCGGGGCAAUCGACUACGCGACGGCGAUCUGGAUCAUGGAGUUUCUCGCGCCGGAGCGGACGCCCGGGUACUGGAAGAACGAGCUUGUGCCGGGCAACGUCAACUCGACCAUCGUCGAGGGCUCGCUCACGGUCUACGAUCUGGCCAACCGCGUCAUCUCGUCCAAGUCGGGAUACUGGGGCGACAAGUGGAUCUCGCUCAAGCUGCUCAAGUACGUCGAGGUGGCGUGAGGGAGAGGACGUCUGCACGCGAUGUUAUUGAAUGACCCGAAGCUG